UUAAUUGUUGGUUUGUGGGUUAUGAGAACUGUUAUUUGGCAGUUCUGUGAGGCUAUAGUAAGUAUUGAUAUAAUACCAAUAAGGUAUGCUCAUGUUGUAGAAGGCCAAUGUGUUAUUUGUGGUGAGAAUGUGAUGUUAGUUGGUGUAAGGGUCCAGCAAAUUGGGCCUGUAAGUGUAUGGUGUUUGGCUGAAUUAUGGUUGCAUGAAG